AUGAAGCACCUUGUCCUCGUUGGUGCUUGUUACAUCGACACCAUCUUAACGUCAAAUGAUCAUGAAAACAACAACGAUGAUGGUGGUAGUGAUGACGUGAUUGACUUUAGCAGCUGUCUGUUCCGUGACGAUCAUGACCAAGCAGCAGCCAGCUGGAUCCUACGGAGCGAUGAAACGAACAGCAGAACUAUCGUCAACUGGAACGAUUUGCCUGAAAUGACGACUGAUGAAUUUCGGGGCAUUGUUGAGGGACUGAAGCAGCAAACGAACCCUGCAGAGGACUCGGCAAACUCGGAGUGGUGGUUCCAUUUCGAAGGCCGAAUUCCCGCUACGACGCUUCAGUGUAUGCACUAUCUACGCAAUGCCAUUCCUGGGUGUAAGAUCAGUGUGGAAGUUGAGAAACCCAACCGCGAAGGCUUGCGUGAUUUGGCUUCCGAGGCAGAUGUGGUAUUCUACUCCAAAGUUUGGGCUGAGAGUGAGGGCUACUCAGAUCCAGAAGCAUGCCUCAGGAGUGAAGCACGAUCCUCGAAGGCAGUACUCACAGUGUGCACAUGGGGAGCAGAUGGUGCGGGCUCUCUUAUUUCAGGAGGUCGCUACAUCCACUGCCCGGCAAACCGCUCAGGCGAACAGAUCAAAGUAGUCGAUACUCUAGGAGCUGGGGACACUUUCAUUGCCGGCAUGCUGUACGCACUGCAUACAAGCGCUACUUACGACCAAGCCCUUACUUUCGCCGUCGGCCUGGCAACAAAAAAGGUCCAACAGGAGGGAUUCGCUGGCCUGGUGUCCUGA